AUGUUUCGAAAGAAUCUAGCUGGCGGCAAGCCCGACACCGAUGUCCCCGUGGAUUCUCUUCCGCGAUCUCAGGUCAACUCUUCGAGUGAUAUGGACAAGGAGAAACAGGUAUCAAACAGCCCGACAACCCCUCGACCUGGUGUUGGAAAGCACGACGAAGCCCUCGACCUCGUAUCUUCUUACGAAGGCUGCAGUAUCCAUAUUUCUCCGGAAGAAAAUGCCCGGCUUCUCCGGAAAAUAGACCGAAACUUAAUGCCCAUCAUGUUUAUUAUAUAUUUCCUUCAAUUGGCGGACAAGCAAAUCCUCUCUUUCGCUUCCGUCUUCGGCAUCUCAAGCGAUACAGACCUCGUUGGUGAAGAUUACUCGAUACUGGGAUCCAUGCUCUAUAUCGCGCAAGUGGUGGCACAGCCCAUAUCCGCGUAUAUUCUCGUCAGACUGAGACUGUCGAAGUAUAUUCCUGCCAUCGUAACCUGCUGGGGCGCGACAUUAGCCUGCAUGGCGGCUGCUCAUAAUUUCCGAGGUCUCCUUGCGGCUCGAUUUUUCCUCGGAGCAUGCGAGGCAUCCAUUACGCCGGCCUUCAUCCUCAUCACUCAGUUUUGGUACCGCCGUCACGAACAGGGCAUCAGACUAGCUAUCUGGUACUCGAACUAUGGAUGGGUGAACAUUUUCGGCAGCCUCAUCGUGUAUGGACUUGGCCACAUCAAGUCAAAUGCGCUUCAUUCGUACCAGAUUAUGUUCCUCCUCUUGGGUGUGAUCACCUGCCUUGUCGGUCUAUUGUCGUUCUUCAUCUUCCCAGACAACCCCGUUCAUUGCAAGUUCUUGACCAAAGAAGAGAAAUUUAUGGCAAUCGAACGCCUGCGCACCAACCAGCAAGGCGUCGAGACAAAGGAGUUCAAGGUUAGCCAGGUGAUAGAGAUGUUGUGCGACUUCAAAAGUUGGUGUUGGAUGCUCCUGGCAGUCGCUUUAAAUAUCCCUGGUGGGAGUAUCUUAGCGUUCGGACCGCUGAUUAUCAGCGGUUUUGGUUUCGACGGGUACAACGUUACGCUGCUGCUGAUUCCUUACGGUGCGAUGCAAAUCAUCUCGCUGUUUAUUGGAUUUUGGGCAAGCAAGAGAUUUGGAGUGAAGGCACCUGUCAUACUCGGAUGCUUGCUGCCGGCAGUAGCAGCCUGUGUCGUUUUGCUUCGCGUUGGUCGCGACAAAAAGGACCAACCCGCGCUUGUCGCCGCAUUUUAUAUGUUGGGCCUGUACAACGCCGCCAGCCCAACCCUUCUGAACUGGCAGGCGUCAAACGUCGCGGGACAUACAAAGAAAACGACUAGCACGGCGCUCGUGACCGCAGGGGUCAUUGGCGGGAAUAUUAUUGGUCCACUACUGUUUUCUCCGAAGGACAAACCGUACUACCAUCGAGGCAUUGUCGCCGUCCUCUGCUGCUACGCCGCAAGUGCGGUCAUCGUCUGCAUUACCGUGGCGUACCUAUGGCAUUUGAAUGAGUGGAAUCGAAAGCGCCGACUCGCGAGAGGCGAAGCGGGAAAGAUCGUCGACUAUUCGAUGCUUAGCGUGGAAGAGGCGGAGAAAGCGCGUCAAGAUCAAGAUGCUAGCGGCGCCUCCGCGCGUGGGAUUGGAAAUCAUGCCUUUGAGGAUCUUACCGAUCUCCAGAACGACGAGUUUAUUCUCGCUGAACAUCGUUAUAAGAUCCGCCGUGUCAACACCGAGCGGUACUAG